CUCAAGCUCUUUCUCAGUCACUCUGAUGUGCUUCAUUUCAUAGAGAGAAAACCAAACCCCCCAAAACAAUGGCACUCCUCCCAAUCCAAACUGCUCUCUCCCUCUCCUCAAAACCCUCCCUCUUCCUCACCCCCAAAACCCCCUCCCCCCUCCUCCUCACCAAACCCCGCCGCUCCGCCGUCACCGUCAUGUCCAUGGAGGCCGGCAUCGGCGUCAUGGCCACCAAGCUCGGCAUGAUGAGCUUCUUCGAACCCACCGGCAAAGUCGUCCCCGUCACCGUCGUCGGCUUCAAAGAAGGCAACAUCAUCACCCAGCUCAAAACCCAAGCCACUGACGGCUACGACGCCGUCCAAGUCGGCUACCGCCGCAUCCGUGACCGGAAACUCACCAAGCCCGAAAUGGGUCACCUCCAGAAAGCCGGCACCAUCCCUCUACGUCACCUCCAGGAGUUUCGCCUUCAAAACAUCGAAGGGUUCGAGCCCAACCAGAAGCUAGACUUCAACGAGAUUUUCAAGGAGGGUGACCUCGUCGACGUCGCCGGAACCACCAUCGGAAAAGGGUUUCAGGGAGGGAUCAAAAGGCAUCACUUCAAGAGGGGGCAGAUGACUCAUGGGUCCAAGAGUCACAGGCAGCUUGGGUCCAUUGGGGCCGGAACGACGCCGGGGAGGGUUUAUAAGGGGAAGAAGAUGCCUGGGAGGAUGGGAGGGACUAAGACUAAGAUCAGGAAGCUUAAGAUUGUUAAAAUUGAUAAGGAGCUUAAUGUGGUCAUGAUUAAUGGGGCUCUUCCUGGUAAGCCUGGGAAUCUUUUGCGUAUUACUCCGGCUAAGAUUGUAGGGAAGAAUAUCCCUAAGAGUUAAAUUGUUUUUUGUUGUUUCGUUUUGUGAAUUUUUGUAUUGGCAUUGACUCGUAUCAGUAUUUCGGCUGCGUUUUGUUAUAGCAUGUAAUGUGGCUGUUCCCUUGUUUGUUAUGAUUUCUUUUGAUGCACUUCUUGAUUGUAGGAACAGGAAUCGCCGGUUCAUAUUGUAUAAUAUCAAAUCAUUCAAAUGUGAGAUAGUUUCUAUGAAAACUGAAAAUG